AUGUCGAUGGCCUCGGUGAUAAGCCCGGAUCCGACGCCUCCGCCCCAGCUGAUUCCGAAGGUGUCCAUGACCACCAAGGAAUGGAUCGUGCCUCCCAGACCCAAACCCGGCCGGAAGCCAGCCACUGAUACACCUCCAACCAAGAGAAAGGCCCAGAAUCGAGCCGCUCAGCGGGCGUUCCGGGAACGUCGGGCUGCCCGUGUAGGCGAACUCGAGGAGCAGCUCGAUGAGCAGCGCGAUGAACAUGACAAGGUCGAGCGUGACCUCAAGGACAAAAUCCGCGUCCUCGAGCUCGAUCUCCAAUCCUUCCGUUCAAAGUGCUCCCUUUUAGAAAACCUACUCGAGCGCGAGCGCCAGGAACGCAUCCGUGUCGAAGGCGAAGCCGAGGGUCUUCGCCGACGUUCCGAAGGGGCCUUUGCAAACAGCCAGAGUCGUCCUAGUCAUCUCCCUAGCAUUCAGCAACAUACGCCGAGGCACGGGGCUAGUGGAAGCCACUCAUAUAACCAACCAUCGCAUACAACCUUGCCCACCACGAGCGAGAGCAGGCCCGUCACUAGGACGUCGAUGCACGCCUUUGCCAUCUCCCAAAUUAUCUCUCCUCCGGAUCCCUCGGACCCGCUCCUCAACACAUCGGACCUCACCUGCGGAAAUUGCAGGCCCGAUGGUCCUUGUGCCUGCGUAGAAGAGGCCAUUCGAUCCGUCCAGAACUCCACCUGCGGGAAAUGCGGGCUUGGGGAUACUUGUCAGUGCUUGGAAGAUGCGAUGAAGAGUAUUGAACUUCCACUCCCGCCGCCACCUACACAACAACCCAAACGGCCAGCGUCUCCCUCUGAGAGCGGUCCCACAGGAAAGCGCCUCCGGGCGGCUCCGUUCUCUACCCCGGAUACUUCUAACGAGACGGAUUUUACGAACGCUUUCAAGAAGAAGGAACCUCUUGAAACAGCGCUUGACAAGUCAUCUCAAUUUCCUAGUGAUAUCGCCAUUGAUCUCACUUCCCGGAUCACUAUUCCUCCCAAGGAUGCCUGCGGUUUCUGCGAGGAUGGAACAUAUUGUGUCUGCGCCGAGGCUGCUCUCGCGAGCGCGUCUAUGGCCGAAGGCAAUGACUCGAACCACUCCCUUCCUUCCCUUUUCUCCCAAGAAAGCCGCGUGGUAGAAGCGACGCAGGGCCUCUCCCCACCCCCUGAGCCUGAAUCGCUGCCCCUAUACCUAUGGAGGUCACUUCGACUGGGGCCAUCAAACUGCGGCAAAGGCAGAAGCUUCCCAACCGUGCUCCCGCCACAUCCUCCUCGGGAUGUGGCCCAAGCGGCCCUGGAACCUGUGCCCAGUGCUUGCAAGAAGAGCGGCGGCGGCUGCUGCGGUGGCGCCGGACCAGGUGGUGGCUGCUGUAAGUCGAAGAACAACACAGCGCCGGGCGGCAUUGCCACCUCAGGUUCCGGUGGGAGCGGCAACAAUAAGACAAGGCCCAUCGGCAUUAGCAUUGCGGAUACCUACAAAACGCUUUCCACUCACCGCAACUUUGACCAAGCGUUUGAGGAGAUCGGGACCUGGCUUCCCAAACUCAAGGUUGUCAAGCGCCAUGAGGACGACGAGCCAUCAUCCCCCAACCGGCCCGCAGUUGAGAUUGAUGCCGCGAGUAUCAUGACGACACUCAAGUUCCUAGAUGUCCGCUUCCGUGCCAAUAAGCAGUAA